AUGUAUCGCCAAAUGCUUCAAUUCGCCAGCGACCGAAGAUUCCUACGAAUCCGCUUCAGGAAGAGCCCCACCGAUCCGAUUUCCACCUACGAACUGCAGACAGUCACCUACGGUACUGCGUCUGCUCCGUUCUUGGCCACGAGGACUCUGCAACAAAUCGCUUUAGAUAAUGGAGACCAAUUUCCAGCUGCUGUAGAAGCGGUGAUCCACGGUUUCUACGUUGACGAUUUUCUGUCUGGUGCCGACGAUGUAGAAUCUGUCAUCCAGCUUCGCAAGCAGGUAACAGAGAUGCUCAGUGCUGCUGGAUUUCCAAUCAAGAAGUGGGCAUCAAAUAUUCCUGAGGUUCUCCAGGACGUUCCACCGGAAGAUUUGGCACUCAACCCUCUACACGACCUACAAGAUGAGCCAGCAGUUUCAACUUUCGGUCUCGUCUGGGAACCAUCGAACGACGUACUUCGGUUCAAGGUCCAGCUACCACUUCCCGCUGCGAUCCUGAUGAAGCGUAAGGUGAUGUCUUACAUCGCUCAAAUCUUCGACCCGCUUGGUCUCGUGGGUCCUACGAUCGUUGUUGCCAAACUUUUCAUGCAGCGUUUAUGGGCCUUGAAGCAGAAUGGUGAAGAUUGCGAAUGGGAUACUGCACUUCCCCACAAUCUGCAAGAAGAAUGGAAAGAUUUUCAUGCUACUCUCCAUUUACUGAGUGAAGUUCGUGUUCCACGAUUCGUCUCGCUGCCUAACGCUAUAAGCAUUCAGCUUCACUUCUUCGCCAACGCCUCCAAGGGAGCGUAUGGGACCUGCUGUUACGUGCGGGCCGAAACUAGUGACGGUGUUUCGAUUCAACUUCUGAUGGCCAAAUCCAAAGUUGCGCCAUUAUCCAGUCGUCAUUCGAUAGCCCGGUUAGAACUCUGCGCUGCACGAUUAUCGACGCAUCUCUACAAGAAAGUGAAUGCUGCCCUGAAGAUAUCUGCCACUGCUUUCUUCUGGACGGAUGGAUGA